AUGGCGAUCUCUGAUGAAUCAAGCAGUACUGUAAAUGACAGAGUCAACACAACCAGAGGAUCCACGAUUCUCGAUCAUAAUCACCCGCUAUAUCUACAUCCUUCCGACGGUCCUGGAUCCAUGUCGGUAGGGCUUAUACUAACUGGAAUGGAGAAUUAUACUCUCUGGAGUCGGGCCAUGAAGGUAGCUUUGUUAGGAAAAAAUAAACUGUGUCUAGUCGAUGGAUCGACUUCAAAAGAGGAUUUUGGAUCUGAUCUAGCACACCAGUGGAAUCGAUGCAACGCGAUUGUGACCUCAUGGUUAAUGAGCAAUGUUAGUAUGGAUUUGAUAACUGGAGUACUUUUAUCAUCUAAUGCUCGUACAGUGUGGGCUGCGUUCAAGGAACGUUUUGAUAAAGUAAAUGGAUCGAGAUUAUACUAUCUGCACAAGGAGAUAUUCACAAUGACUCAAGGAAUUUGUUCUGUUUCUACGUACUUUACAAAGCUCAGAGAUCUGUGGGCAGAGUAUGAUUCUAUUUUGCCACCACCUCCAGCAAUAGAGUAUGUUGAGCGGUUAGAAUAUCAACAUCUGUUACAAUUUCUCAUGGGAUUAAGUGAUAGCUUUGAACAAGCUAGAAGUCAGAUCCUCUUAAUGCCUACCUUGCCGUCUAUCAAUAAAGCAUAUGCCAUGGUAGUUCAAGAUGAAAGCAGGCGCAUGAUCACCGGUAACAAUUAUGGAAAUGCAGGGAACAUUGAGCCUACUGCUCUAUUUACUGCACAAUCAGGAAACAAACAAAGAAGACAUUUGAAGGAUAAAUGCUACAAGAUCGUGGGUUAUCCUCCAGAUUUCAAGCCAAAGGGAAAAGCAAAUGCUGCCUUAUUGAGUGAACAACCUCAGACCACACAAAUGUCUAAUCAACAGAUAAGCAAUGCAACAGUUCCAGCCCAGUUCUUCACACAAGACCAGUACAAUCAACUAUUACAACUAUUGAACAAGAAUUCUGUUGGAUAUGCCAAUGCUCACAUGGCAGACUUACUGCAUAAUAAACAAUCAGUAGGAAGCACAGGACAAGUUCAAUUGCCUACAGGAGAUUCAGCCACAAUUUCACACAUGGGAGAAUGCCAACUCACAGGAGGUGAUACUCUUAAGGAUGUUCUUUGUGUUCCAGCUUUCAAGUUCAAUCUUUUGUCAGUAUCUAAUAUGACAAAGGACUUGAAAUGCUGUGUCACAUUCUUUCCACAAUGUUUUGUAUUUCGGGACCUCUUGUCUGGGAAGGUGAAGGGGAUUGGUAAGGAGGAGGAAGGACUAUAUGUUUUGUCUACAUCAGUUGGAGGAAAAGUGAAUCGAGCCUUUGCAGCAACUAGUGGAGCAGGUGCAGACUUAUGCCAUAAACGAACAGGACAUGUUCCAAUGCAAAGUUAUUGCCUAUACACUCAUCAACAAAAUGGGGUAGUUGAACGAAGACAUAGGCACAUACUUGAGAUGGCCAGAGCUAUUAGAUUUCAGGGACAUUUGCCUGUUCGAUACUGGGGCCAUUGCAUUGACACAACAUUCUGCAUUAUCAACAGGAUUCCCUCCUCAAUUCUUGUAGGUAAAUCCCCUUAUGAAAUGCUACAUGGGAAACAACCUUCUCUUUCCCAUUUGAGAGUGCUAGGAUGUAUAUGCUUUGCAACAAACUUGAUCAAGCAUGACAAGUUUGAGCCAAGGGCUGUAAGAUCUGUUCUAUUGGGAUAUGCAGCACAUUAG